CGCUGACGUCAACGGCAUGUUGAUUUGCUCCGGCUUGAGAAGAAAGGAGUUAGUGCGUGCUGAGAGAGCGGGUACUGCGAACUGCCUUAUUAUGCUGUAGCCCCGGAACCAAACCGUGCAACUUAGGUUUUAUCUUGUUUACAAAGAUAGCUAAAACCACUGCUGAGCAGGGAAGGCGAGCCUCAUGAGUCGCCCUCGUGGACACAAUGGAUUUAACUAAAAUGGGUAUGAUCCAGCUCCAGAACCCCAACCACCCCACUGCCCUCCUGCAGAAGGCCAAUCAGAUGCGUAUGGCGGGCACUCUGUGUGACGUGGUGAUCAUGGUCGACAGCCAGGAGUUCCACGCUCACCGGACUGUGCUAGCUUGUACCAGCAAAAUGUUUGAGAUCCUCUUUCACCGUAGCAGCCAGCAUUACACCUUGGACUUUCUUUCACCAAAGACCUUUCAGCAGAUUUUGGAGUAUGCUUACACUGCCACUCUCCAGGCCAAGGUAGAGGACUUGGAUGACCUGCUGUAUGCAGCAGAAAUCUUAGAGAUUGAAUACUUGGAAGAGCAAUGCCUCAAGAUUCUGGAAACCAUCCAGUCUUCAGAUGAGAAUGAUGUGGAGGUCAGUGUUAAUGACGGGAGCACGGAGGAGGAGGAGGAUCGCAAAGGCCACAAUGGAGGCAAGAACUCCAGAAAGCAUUCCAUGGACAGUCCGUACAUGUCAGGUAACCAGCAGGUCUCUACCUUAGCCGGCAUGGUGGACCAGAGCCCUUCGGUCUCCACCUCCUUUGGAGUCCCCAACCUGAGUCCAACAAAAACUGCUGUGGACAGCCUGAUGAGCAUUGGGCAGUCACUGCUCCAACGGGGUUUUAGUGGGGAUCAACAGGUACACGGAAAUUCCCACCACCUGAUGACUGAGAUCAAGACAGAAAUGAUGCAAGUAGAUAUGGGCGGCAACGGUCAUGAAAGUCCUCACAACAUAGAGUCAAGUGGCUCCAGUAAUGGAGAGAGAAGUGGGGAGGACAGAAAUCGAGAGGGUCCAGGGACACCGACUAGGAGCAGUGUGAUCACCAGUGCCCGUGAGCUGCAUUAUGUUCGUGAUGAAGGUAUGGGGGACCCUACAGCAGAGGUUAGCCAGAUGGGACUGGAAGCAAUAGCUGGAAUGACAGAGAAACAUCUGGCCUCUCUCUACUCCCUACCAGUCAAUCAUAAAUCAGAUGCUGUCAUGUCCAUGCCGGUGUCCAUGGCCUCAUCUUUGCCAAUGUCCCCAGCUCUAGCUAUGUCGAUGGACUUCAGUGCCUAUGGCGGACUCCUGCCUCAGAGCUUCAUCCAGCGAGAGUUCUUCAGCAAGCUUGGAGAGCUGGCUGUAGGCAUGAAAACAGAUGGUCGGAACCAGCAUGAACGCUGCAACGUCUGCGGAGCAGAACUACCAGACAACGAAGCUGUGGAGCAGCACAGGAAGAUGCACAGUGGGAUGAAGACGUAUGGCUGUGAGCUGUGUGGGAAGAGCUUCCUGGACAGCCUCCGUCUACGGAUGCAUUUGCUGUCUCAUUCAGCUGGUGAGAAGGCCAUCGUUUGUGACCAAUGUGGUGCCCAGUUCCAGAAUGAGGAGUCCCUGGAGGCUCACCGGCAGAUCCACACCGGUUCGGACAUGGCCAUCUUCUGCCUGCUGUGUGGGAAGCGUUUCCAGACACAGACAGCGUUACAGCAGCACAUGGAAGUCCACGCUGGCGUCCGCAGUUACAUUUGUAGUGAAUGUAACCGGACAUUCCCCAGCCAUACUGCACUGAAACGCCACCUACGCUCACACACAGCAGGUGACCACCCAUUUGAGUGUGAAUUCUGUGGGAGCUGUUUCCGAGAUGAAAGCACUCUGAAGGGCCACAAACGCAUCCACACGGGAGAGAAGCCCUACGAAUGUAACGGCUGCGGGAAGAAGUUCAGCCUCAAACACCAGCUGGAAACUCACUACCGUGUGCACACAGGUGAGAAGCCAUUCGAGUGCAAGCUGUGCCACCAGCGAUCCAGGGACUACUCGGCCAUGAUCAAGCACCUGCGCACCCACAAUGGCGCCUCGCCCUACCAAUGCACCAUCUGCCUGGAGUACUGCCCCAGCCUGUCAGCCAUGCAGAAGCACAUGAAAGGCCACAAGCCUGAGGAUAUUCCCCCAGACUGGCGCAUCGAGAAGACCUACCUGUACCUCUGCUAUGUCUGAGAGCAGGAGAGCGGAAAAGGGAAGGGGUAUGGGGGGAGGGACCAGGAUGUAGGGGGAACGUGAUCGACCGGAGAGGAAGCUUUGCUGAAGCGUCGGUGAGGCGAGAACAACGGGGGAAUGUGAGCGAUGGGAGUCAGAACGUUUGUUUUCUCUUUUUCUUUGGAGGCGGCAGUGACAGAUGGGGUGAGAAGGCGAUGAUAGCGGGACAAACGUGCUGAGAAGAGGAAGACUUGGAAUCGGAGAAGUGAUCUCCGCCUUGUUCGGAUUCACCAGGUCAUUCACUACAUGUGCACCUGUGUUAGUGUUUCAGGUCAUUUCAUGCAGUGCCAUAACGCCACUUUUAUGAUGCUGCCGUCUCAGGUGGUGAGGAAGCAGAUUCUCAGGGGCUAUCGCGACACGCACAGCCACGACAUCCCUCUUCUCGCUUUCCUUCCCAAAAUGGAAGACCUUUGUUCCCCUGCUUUGGUUGGUUUGGUUUUCAUGAAGAAAACAAAAAUGUGAAUGUGAGCAUCUGACAUCUACAUGAAAUCUUCAUGAAAUGCUUUAAGUUUGUUGAACUCUUGGCUGUCCGGAGCCGGUACCUCCCCUCACGUCAACACAAACCUUCAUGCUUCAGUCAUGUUGGGCGUUGUGAUGAACCACCACAGAGACCAGCAUUUCUGCUGUGACUGAGUGAUUAAUGUUGUCAUUCAGUCAAAAGAACCAAACUGAAGAAUGAACCCUCUUGAUUCAGGAUUCUUAACUGGUUCACUUGCUGUUAGUGCAUCGCACAAUCCGGACCCAAGUCAAACCCAAGAGGUGGGAUGAGGUAGCCCCUGAGAAUCAGCGCCAGCCAGAGCUGGGUAAAAAUACUUUAAAAGGUAAUCAGUUACUGAAAACAAAUUACAAUGCAAUCGGAAUACUUUUGAAUUACUGUAGCUUCCAGAGUAUAAGUUGCACCUUUUUUCUGUAUUAUCAGCUCAAUAAUUUGGGAUUUUUGUGCAUUUUUGUCAUGUGCUUCUUAUUAUUGCCAUUUAUUCUUUUGAUAUUGGAGUCUAUUUUGUUUAGUAUUUGCUAUAAUAAUUAUUAUUAUAAAUAACAAAUGCGUGAUUUUUCUGUAUAUAUGUUGCACCUCCCAAAGGAGCAAAAAAAGAAACAAAAAACGCGACUCAAAAUGAUGCACUUCAUACCAAAAAUGGACACAACUUCAAGCAUUUGUUUAUUUUUAUCUGAAAAACUAGAAUUUAUAUUACAAAUUAAAAAUGUCACCCUGAACUGGAAUAAGCAAGUUUGUAAAAUGGGUAGGUGGAUGUAUUUCAGUUGUGAUUUAUAGUUUGUAAGAUAAAAUGUCUGAAGGACAUUAAAUUUAAAAGUAAUCCGCGUGUUGUAAUCAGUGUUGCCAUAGUUACUUUGAAAGAUUACUUUAAAAGUUACUUUUUUGUUAUUUUAUACAGUUACUUCGUUAGCAACUUGUAACUAAUAAGUAAUGUAACUAAUAAGGUAACUGGUAAUCUAACUUGGUUAUUUUUAAGAUUGAGUACUCAGCUUUGAGUACACUGAUUAUAAUUUGUAUUCAGUGACUGAUUACAUUUCAAAGUCAUCUUACUCAAACCUGGUAACAGCACUGACACCACGUGGCGUAUGCAGCAGACCAAACAGUUGAACUGGAUGAAGGGGAGCGCUGAGUACUGAAAACCAGGUGCCAGUUUGUGACGGGAUGGGGGCGAUGCUAGUGCUGCUUUAUUGUUUUUGUUUUAGUUUUUUUGGAAGCCUCCUAAGUUUUUAAGUUUUGUCAGUAGUCUUCCCUGGCAUUUCUGUGGGUUCAGGGCUGGAGAAGGCCGAGUCACCACUGUCCACCCAUCUAACAUUUGCCACUUUUCACCUUUUUUUUAAAAAAAAAAAGCUCUGCAUCUUUAGUAUAUCAUGGCUUGAUUACACAGGUACAACAUAUUACGACAGCAGUCUCUGAUGAUUGCAGUAUUCAUUUUUCAGAGGGCUGAAUUGCAGCCACUCUGCAUCAUAUCACCAUAACCCGCUACUGCAGUAGACCAAGUUACAUUCAGUCUAUCCAGCUCUUUUCAGCAAUACGUAACCGGACUGCUAUUAUCAUCAUGUACAUUUAACCAGAUGACCAUCAUGAUGUCACACUAAAGACCUACACAGACUGAAACAUAACCAUUAUCUUUUUACUUCUUAUCCGCAAACGCUGUCGUGAUCUGUGUUGUUGGCCACUGCAAUGGGAACAGAACGGAAAGCCUGCUCGCGUUAAUGUCCGAUAAAGGUUGACCAGCAGGUGAUGCCUGGCAGGUUGUAAAGUCUUUGAUGAUGUGAAUGUGAAAGACGAAGUUCCUACUCAGCUGGAAAAUGAUCACACGUUAGCACUCAGCUAACAUAAUGCUAAAUUUACCCUAUGCAAAAAUGCCAAAACAGGUAGCUACUUAGCAAUGCGCAGUAGCAACUGUAAAUUUAAACUGGACCACAUCAGGCCUCGAGGUUCAGGCAGGAUUUAAAGUCAAACCUGAGGGCACUUUAAGGGCUGUUUUUAUUUCAAAGAGUGUCACGUAGCAUGAACGGUGUUUUCUGCGUGUCUUUGUCCUCGCCUGUGGUUCAUUUCCACUUGUAAAAGCACCAGUAUGCUUCAAAAGAAUCACAGCUUUUUUGGGGUGGAAAAUGUGUGUGGCAGCGUUUACUUUUGUCCCAGUCGUGAAUGAUCAUUUCAUUCACGGGCAGGAGAAACAAGGUGCUAGCACUAUCAAAACAAACACAUUUCAGAGCAAAGCUAACUGGAUUAGCAACAGAUGUCAGCAGAAUGAAGCACUGUCACUUUUUUCUGACAUUAUUUCUUUACAAAAAAAAAAAUCAGAGGUGCUUCUUUCCACCAACAAAGCUUUCCUCCGACUGUCAUGACUAGUGUUUGUUGAUUUUUGCAAAAAAAAAAAAAAAAAUUGUUGGGGCUUCAUGUGAAACAUCCUCAAAGUUCCUCAAGCUUCCGUGGCUGUGUCUCAAUACAGGGGUCGCAUCCUUCUUAGGCUGCAUUCAUUGACUGUGUACAACACAGUGGCUAACUAGGCUGUCUCAAUUUGAAAGCUCCUUGGAAUAUGGCUGAUGACUGUACGCUUCUUAUCCCUGAAAACGAAGAAUGCAAUAGGUAUAUACUUUGUGGCCCAAACAAUCCCAAGAGUCAUUGCAUCAAGAGUCAUUGGUUGACUCCAGAUGUACCAUUAUAACUAAGUAAUGUUUAUAAUUAUUAAUAAGCAAAUGAUGAUUAGCUAUGUCUGUGUCGCAGUUCAGGGUUUGCACCCUUUUAAGGUCUUUGUCCCAUGAAACUCUUCAGGGUUCAGCCCUUCAGACCCGGCGGAGGCCCGAACAAACCGUUCUGAAAUAAGACGGUCUAGCCCAUGCAGAGUUUUACUGUUGCAUCAUUACGUUUGCCCGCCAAUACCUUCUAUCGCCUGGCAACCUUGACAGCUGUACGCACCAAGCUAGUGUAGUUUAACAAUCAUUUUUCAGUUCAUAUUGAUGUUUAACUUACAAAUAGUACUCAAUAGCAAUUGUACACACUGAGCGUUAGUGUUUUUGUUUAACCAAUCAUUCUCUCUUGGAAAAAAAAAUAUCCCAAUGAAUCAUGGGAUUGUUUGGAUCAUGAAAGAUUCACCUGAUAAUCCUUUAAUUUUGGGGCGGGGGAGGGGGGGGGGGGGAGGCUGCGAACGUCAGCCGCUUUACAAGCAACCUUUGAAAUAGGACCGCCUGGUCGCGCUACUUAUGACAUAAAUUACCGAUGGAUGAUGACGGUCUUCGAAGCGUGCAUUUGCUGAAUUAGGACACAGCCUAUGGAUUAUGCGCACUACACUAGCUUGUCGUGUGGAUUUGUGUAGGUUGCCAGGCAACAAAGGGAUAGGGGUGGGAGAAGCUACUGAUGCAAUCACAAAAUAUUCAUGAGUCACUCCUUUCAGGAUGGUUGGUUCGGCCUCCGCUAUAUUGGAAAUCUAGAUCUUGGUAGGAUGCAGCCUUAGAGGUGUGCAGCCCAUGAAUUGGGACACAGCCUACGUUUUGAGUGUUGACAUUAGUCUGAAACAGCUCAUGUGAGAUGGUGGGUGCUUUUAUGACCCUUAUAAUUAAGGCACCACAGGCCACUAUGUGCCCCCUAUUGGUAGGGAGUGGUAUCAACAGAACUCUGUUUGUGGACUAAACUGUGUGCGAUUUUGACGGAUGUGUCGAUGACCCUGUUCAUUAUCUGCCUUCCCCACGUUUUGAAGUGUACUGGUGAUUUUGUUACAGGUUUACCUCUUUUUUCCUGAAAAGCUGAAAUAUGUUCCUUUUAGUUUUUCUUUUGCACAUCAUUAAUUAUUAGCGUUCAAUUGUUUCACAAUAAUCCAGCUACUGGAACGCUGCCAAAGUCUCAUGGGAGCUUUUAGUUGUUCAGAUUGUAUCAGAAGUCAGUUGUGGACGUUAAUUACCACGUUUUAGCGUUUCACAAAGACAGAUGAAAGAUUUAAUGAUUAAGGUACAGUGAGUUAGACAUGCUAAUGAGCAAAAGGGCAGGAAGUUCAGAUGUUUCUCGUGUAAUAAUGAAAAAAUAGCCGCAAGGUUCAACCGUGAAAGAAGGAUCAUUUUGCUGAGUAGGAAGUGGGAUUUAGGUUUUCUGAUGGUCUCUAAAAUGCAGCAUUCAACCUGUUGGACGUACGUGUUACAGCCGAACCUGAGGCGUUCUGAAUGUCACUGUGUCUCAGCGGUACUGGAGCACUCACGCUUACUGGAUGAGAUGCAUGCCACCAGCAGGGGGCAACCGUGUUAACAACAACUUAAAGGAAAACGUUCUCACUUUCCUGGAUGUGCAUCCUGGAAGGAACCGGUCUACAAACGGGCAUGUUAAGGCUACAGCUUGAUGUAACAUGCCAGGUGAGGUCACGGUGUGAUGACGUGACGUGCCGGUCCUAGUCCACGCGCAAAAACCGCCGCGUAAAUGUAGACGCUGCAACUUUAGCACAACCGUGGCGCUUCAAGAAAACGACCUGGCAAUGAUUCAGUCAGAGCUGAAAGAAGGCGGCGUAUCUUCGUUCACCAACUCAGCUUUCCGGGUUGCACGUGCAUGAACUUGGGAACGGUGUGUAAAUCAGCUCUUUCUCUGUGCCCCUCCCCAACCGCCGUGGUUUGUCUCUCGUGUUUCCUUUUGUUGCUAUUGAUCUUGAGUUUGAUCUCAACAUGUACUUGAAUUAUCUCAUUUAUGUGACCUCAUGUUGCUUUGUGUUUUUUAAUUUUCCCUUUUCUUUCAUUUGUAUGAUUUUUGUGUGGGUGUGUAUGUGUACGCGUGCGUGUGUGUUCACACGCGCCAGAAAGAUGCAUUGCACAGGAUGAUAAAGCAACGUGUACGCAGAAAUUAAGUGCCACGGUGAAGCGAUAUUUUUGUUUGUUUGUUUCUUUUGUGUAUUACUUGUUACCAAACUUGGUAUUAUUAACCCGCUUGUUAAAGAGCUGGACGGUUUGGUCAUGUGUUACGAAAGCUACCUCUUUUUUUGUUUGUUUUUUUGUUUUCUUUGCAAAAGCACAUUAUUUUGUGUCGAUGUGUUGCAUGAUGUCAUCAUUGCUACUUUUCAUCUCAUGCUUUUUAUUUCUUCAAAAGUUGAUUUAUGAUUGUGUUUUUAAGCGAAACAUGUACAGUCGUCGAGGGUGUUCGGAUGACUCGUUGAAGUGUUGUAUUUGUUGCUUUUCGUCUCCCCCCUGCACCUCCAACCACAGAAGAGCAGGAAAGAAAAAAAGAAGCAAUUUUGAAGCCUUAAACGAAGCGCUGGAAGAUCGGUCGGACAGUAGGGCAGACUAUUGCUUUUUUUUUCCCACGAGUUUAAAGGAAGAAUUUAAACUUGAAAAUAUGUGAAUAGAGUUGUAGUUUUGUAAUGUGAAAAAAAAAGAAGGUUCAUCAAAACACUGACCCGCACAGGACAGUUCAGCGAGGCAGAGUGCGUUGGGCAAUUGGAACUACAAGUAGUAAUAAAAACAAAAAAGAGGGGAAAAAACAAAACAGCAGGCGGUUAAAAAUGGAGAUUCUCUCGUCUGACAAGCUCUCUUACUGAGAAAUAAGUGUAUUCCUGAACAAGAGCCAACAGAGGCAAUUUGAUAUAUAAAAAUUGUGAUAUUUUUGUAUUCGGUGUCAGUCUUUUUUCCAUUUGUGGAGGGUUCCAGCAGGGCACAAAUAUUUGUAUUUCUUUUUUAACCGAGUUUGUUAUUUUCUCCUUUGGUGUGAAUCAUUUUUGCCUUGCUCCUCUUUGAUAUUGUUGGACAAAAAAAAAAAAGAAAAAAACAACACAAAAAAAAAGAAAUUCGUAUGUGAACAUGUUGUAAUAAGUGUUGCUUUCUGGAUGUCAGUUGCAUUGUCGGUGGGCAAAAUCUAUCUGUCACAGAUUUUACAAAUGGGUGUAUGUGGCAAAGAUUUAAAAAAAAAUGGGGGAAAAAAAGAAAAAGGUGGGAUGGCAGGGGGUGCCGCAAACCCACUGAAUAGUAGUUGUCAUUCACAACUUUUCAAUCAAACUCGAGUGUCGGCAUUUUUUGUUUUUGUACUUGAAAAAAGAAGGGAUGGCAUGUCCCGUGGUGUCUUGCCAUUUUAUUCUCAAACACUGUGAGCUGAGGGACCCACCACCACCCCACCCCUUGUAAUAUCCACCCACACUAAUAGAACCCCAUCACGGCUCAGUCCGAUCCACCACAAUGCAAGAUCCGAUCAGUCACAUUGUUCCUGUCAUUGUCCUCUGAAUGUUUUCUACUUUUUGUGCGGGUGAAAGAGUGUGUCACUGUGGGUAUGUGUGUGUGUGUAUGUGUGUGUAUUUGUGGAAAAAUGCACUAAUCAGAUACAAGAUAGUGAUAUUCUAUGCCACUUUUUUCUCUAUGUUGGAAAAAAAAAUCUAUCUAUAUAUAAGUAUAUAUAUACACACACAACGGCAUUGAUAUAAUUCUUCCCUCAGUGUUCCUCCGAUGUUUCUGUACUAUCUUUGUGCCUAAAAAUGGAAAUUGUUCAACAAAAAUAUCCAUCUAUAUUUGCUUAGUUUCUGUAUUUUCAGAAUAAAAUAAAAAAUGGUGUCUCCAGCACCCUAGGGAUGUCAUGACACUCCAAAGUUGUCAGAUUUUUUUUUUUUUUAUAUAUAGAAAUAUAAUUAUUAUUGUUAUUCAAUCCUGACUCGAGCAGGACUGCAGUAAGCUUGUAAUGCUGUUGAGAUUGUAACUGGGAUUCAGUCUUUUCUCGGGCUUUAGAAUCAUGCAUGUGAAAACCUGACUACAGGGACGUGCACGAGAAAUCUGCUCAGAAUAGAUCUGCUCGUGGGUAACUCUACGGUAACGGAAUUACAAAUCAAACGUUUAAACGGUAAGCUAAACUAUAGCCAGAUGUCGCCGUCAUUGUACUUCCAUUCUAUAGAAUGCGACCGGUUUUCUCCGCAGAUCAUCUCUUUUCGUUUGUUGUCAGCAACAGGUUUGCUGAUGACGGCUUAAUAUUUCUGAG